UUGUAAGUUUUUUUAAGAGAAAAUGGACUCAUUACCAGAAGCUGUUGUCCAAUACAUUUUAUCAAACUUGAACAAUGCCAAAGAUGUGGCAUCUUGCAAUUGUGUGUCAAAGAGAUGGAAAGACUCAAUGCCAUACAUUAAGAGCCUCUACUUCCCUCGUGGCAUUUUUGACCAUCUUGCACAUGGUCAAACUCCCAACGUCGUUAUAAUGAAGAUAAUCUCAGCAACUUAUCGACUUCAGGAGCUUGUAGUUUACUGCCCGUUUACAAGCAUAGGGCUGGCUUCAUGGCUAUUGCAUACGGGAUCUUCAUUGAAAAAUCUUGAACUACGUAUGGAUAAUCUUGUUGACCAAAGCUCAUCUAAUGACAGCCUUUCUAAACUUGAAUGCAUUCAAGCUGCUAGAAACUUGGAGUCAUUAAGACUUUGGGGUGUGUUAAUGGUGAGUACACCAAAGUGGGGCGUGUUUCAAAAACUAAGGAAUCUUGAAAUUGUAGGAGCAAAACUUGAGGAUUCAGUGUUGACUGAGGCUCUUCGGUCAACUCCUAACCUUGCCCAACUGGUACUUCUUGGAUGCGAGGGUUUGAGGAAUAUUUGGAUUGAGCUUCUCGAGCUUGAGCAUUGUAAAUUAGAUUUUUAUGGUCUAGGGAGUUGCUUGCUUACACUUAGAGCUCCAAAGAUCGGGUAUCUUGAGAUUCAAGGGUGUAGUUGGAUUAAAGUUCGUGAGACAAGUUGCCUAAAGAAUCUAUCCAUUGCAAACAAUGCAGGGAGAAUAUACAUGGUGGAUUUUGGUAAGCUCAUGGCACUUGAAUCAUUGUCUAUCAGAGGUGUUCAAUGGUGUUGGGAUGCAAUUAGCAAGAUGCUUCAACUUGCAACCGAAGUGAAACAUCUUUAUAUGAAAAUUGAAUUCACUGGAGACUUUGAAACUCUUCUUCCUUUUCCAGAAAUCGAUUUUGUUGACUUCUUCAAAACUCACCCCAUGCUCAAAUCUUUCGACAUUCAUGGUGCAAUGUUUGCUGCUCUAUGCCAGAAGAACAGUCUGAAGAAUGUAGAAGUAGACCCGAGUUUUGUGAUUCCGUGCCUUGAAGAAGUUGUGAUCACGGUGAGAUCACCAUUGAACGCUGAGCAGAAAAUGAGCACACUCGAGGCGUUGGUGAAGUAUGGGGCGAAGUUAAAGAAGAUGAAGAUCAGGAUUCUCCAGAUGAGAAGUGGUCAUAGCAGUGCUGAUGAUUUUUUUGAGGAGAUAUGCAGAUUUAGAUUCAUGAAUCACAGGCUAAUCUCAAUAGAAUAAUAAGAUCAAAAAUCCAUGUUUUUUUUAUUUUAAAUUUGUUCAAUUCAUUGCAUUAUUGGAUGUUAUCAUUUUUUUGUGGACUUUAGAACUUUGAUCAACUUCUUGUAUGAUUUUUGACAUAAUCAUAUUCAAUUUCAUCUGCUA